GGGGGGCCAAAUCAGGUUAAACGAAGGGAGUUGGUUUUUGUCACAGUUGAGGCGCCUGAGCAGAAAAGAAGAAGCAGCUUCCAUUGAAGACGAUAAUUUGUGAGCGACAUGGGGAAGCUGGGAAAGAAGGCCAGGAAGUUUUCAAAGAAGAAUCUUCAGUCUGUGCUCAGAAGAAACCGCAAGUUGAAUUCUAAGUUCAACAAAAAGAAAACUUCUAAGAGAGGUGGGCAAGAAGAUACUGCUAAAGACCAAAAAAAGGACGCAAUAGAGUUGUCUAAUGCAAGAAAUACUGAAGCUGAAUACAUAGAAAACAAUCCUCUUGAUACAAUAUUUAGUGAAGAUGACAGUGAUGUGUUUGGAGAUGAUUCAGACAGUGAUGGCUAUCUUUCGGAGGACUCAGACCAUCUGCAUCUAGCUCAUAGUGAAAAUGAGAAUUCUCAAGAAGGCAACUUUGGUAGUAGUAGUAGUGCUUUAUCUGUGCAGAACAGCGAAAUUCAAUUGGAACUUGUGAAGAAAACAAAAAAAUUAGACAAAUUGAAGGAAAAGGAUCCAGAAUUUUCUAACUUUCUGAAAAGCUAUCAUAAGGGGUCUGAACAGCUCAGAAACAAAGUUUAUGCUGAUGAGGAUGAGAUCAGCGAUGAGGAUAUGCAGCCAGAUAAUGUAGGUGGUGUGAAUUUUAAUGGGGGCAAGUUGUUGACCAGCUCCGCCAUUGAUUCUUGGUGUCAACUAGUCAGGGAGCAUCAAAGUGUGCCUGCACUUACUAGUCUAUUAAAUGGGUACCGGGCUGCUUGCCACUAUGGAGCUGAAUCAACCAGGGUCAUUGAUGCUGAUUCAUGCCAUGGAAUUCAGAACAGUGAAACCUUUUGCAAGACACUGAUAUUUAUGCUUAAUGAGGCUGAUAAUAUAUUUAGGGGGCUAAUGGGCAUGUCAAGCUCCAAUCCCAAGAAAGAGAAAAAUUUGGAUUUGACCAAGAAUUCAAAAUGGAAUACUCUUAAGCCACUGAUAAAAUCUUAUUUGAGGAGUACCCUUUUUCUUCUGAAUGAGGUUAAUGACUCUGAGAUAUUGGCCUUCUCCUUAGCACGGAUCAGAGCUUCUAUGACAUUUUUUGUUGCUUUUCCUUCUUUGCUCCGCAGACUCAUCAAGGUUGCCGUUCAUCUGUGGGCAACUGGAAGAGGGACUAUAUCAUCUCUAUCCUCUCUCAUCAUACGUGAUGUGGCUUCUGUGUUUCGCUCUGAUUGCUUUGACACCUGCUUUGUUAAUACAUAUAAAUCCUUUAUUGGUCAUUGCCAAUUUUUGGAGCCUGUUCUAUUUCAACACAUACAAUUUCUAAGAAACUCCUUUGUGGAGCUAUGCUCUGUGGAUCUGCAAAAAGCAUCAAGGAAAGCAUCGGUGUCUAUCCAGCAACUUGCUAAGAUACUGAAGCAGGGUUUAUUGACAAAGAAGAAGGAAGCGGUCAAGAAGAUAUGCAGUUGGCAGUACACUAGUUGCAUUGAUCUAUGGGUUAUGUUUAUAUCAGCCAACAUACAUGAUUAUGAUCUUCAUCCAUUGCUCUUUACAAUCAUUCAGAUUAUAAAUGGAGUGGCUGUCUUGUUUUCUGGACCCAGAUAUUUGCCUUUAAGAAUCAAAUGCAUUCAAUGGUUGAAUCAUCUCUCCUCUUCCACUGGCAUUUUCAUUCCUGUUGCCUCCGUGGUGUUGGAUAUUCUGGAAUAUAAAAUUGGCAAGGAUGUCGGAAAACCUGGAAAAGACACCAAUAUUUUAUGUUCUGUAAAGUUUCCAAAGCAUUGGUUAAAAUCAAGGAACUUCCAAGAACAGUGUGUUCUAUCUGUUAUCGAACUGCUUGCAGCGCACUUUGCUCAGUGGAGUCAUCAUAUUUCUUUUCCCGAUCUGGCGACUAUUCCCCUUGUCCGUUUGAGGAAGUUUCAUGAGAUAACCACUAUAGAGAGUUUCAAGCGUAUAGUGAAGCGUUUUAUUGAUCAGGUGGAGCAAAACAUUGAAUUUGUGCGGAAGAAGAGAGAUGAGGUGCCUUUUUCACCAAAAGAUCAACAAUCUGUAGAAUCAUUUCUCCAGCUUGAAAAGCACAGUGGCAAUACUUCGUUUGCACAAUAUUACAAAAGCAUCAUGGACAAGGCUGCUUCUAGAAAUUUGGCCUUUUUUGAGAAGUUCUCUGGAGCCGAGGAAAUCACCAAGAAAGCACAAAAGAAAAUAAAGCAGUCUCAGAAAGAGAGGGUGACUGAAGGUGUUAAUGGUAGACAUUCAGGGAAAAGAAAAGGCACUGUGUCUGUUGACUGCAGCCGAGAGGGAAAGAUGAGGAGAAAAGAAAAAUCUUGAUUGCUAAAUCGCGUGAAACGACAAUUUCUGGACCUUUAUCAGAUUCACUGAGCAAAUUUUGAUCCUAUUGAUAAUCAUUUCCAGUUUUGAUGUCUCAUUUAGAUAUGUUAUUACAGAACAGACAUGUAAGGUAAGGUCAAAUGUUCUCUGUAUCAACAAAGAAAUCUAGUCUGUUAAACCAUGGCAAAUUUGCUUUUCUUGAAACAUCAGAAGGAAAGUUUUGUUAA